AUGCUGUCUAAAAACGUGGGCAAACAACUGGGUCACCCCACCGUUUCGCUUACUGGAUGGCUGGUGACUAAGUUCCUAAAAUGGCACAACCACAUGUUGGAGGAGAAUGCCGUGAAGCUGAGCAACAUUCAACCUGACGACACUGUACUCGAAGUGGGUCAUGGUCCGGGCAUUGGUCUACAGUCAGCCUCGCAACUCCUGACGGGUCCCAAAGGGAAGCUGAUCGGGGUUGACUACUCCGAAUACAUGCAUCGGAUGGCCAGUGAGCGCAUGAUAGAGGAGAUAACCAAAGGAAAGGUCACGCUGUAUUUCACUGAUUUGAUGACCAUGCCGGUUGUGGAAAACAGUAUUGAUAAGGUGUUUCACUGCAACUGUUAUUACUUCUGGCCGGAUCUGAAAGCGGGGGCGAGUGCCAUUCACAAAGUAAUGAAACCAGGUGGACUUAUGGUUACAACGCUGAGAUUCAAUAGCUUGAAGAAAGCAGCUUCUAUGAGCGUGCUCACCGGAGACAAAUGGCGCCCCGAGGUCUAUAUGGAAGCCCUGAAGUCCUCCGGAUUCACAGAUGUCCGCAUGGAGAAUAGAAGAGACAAACUCAUUCCUUUUCAGGCUGUUUUUGCCACUGCUAUAAAGUAA